AUGCGUUCUUCGACAACGAAGAACGCCAACGGCAAGCUGAAGAGCGUCAUCGUGAACGCCAGUUCGCCCGAGAAGAGCGUGAUCGACCAACCCCACCAGCACAACCUCCACAGUAAAAUCAUGGCAGACGUCGCGACCUCUUCCGGCAGUGCGCCAGACGGAGAAACUCCAAACCAGCGACAAGCUCGCCUGCGCCGCGAGAAGCGCCAGAAGAAGAUGGAAGAGCAAGGCGAGGACAGAUUGGCGCGGAUCAAAGCACUGAACGGCGGUAUCGCACCACCAGAGGAAAUGCUGGGUGGACCUGCGAAGCCACAAGCAGCCACCGUCGCCGACGACCCAGAAGAGGUCGACAUCAGCCAGCACGCUUCCGGUUAUGGGACACCAAGCAAGCCGCAGGUCGAUGCAACCGAGAACCCGCUCGCGGCUGCCAUGCUGCAGAUGCAACAGCAAGAAGCGAGAAACCGAGGGCAACAAGGUGCACAAGGCAAUGCAGAAGAUGAUCCCAUGGUGAAGAUGAUGCAGCAGAUGGUAGGACUCAUGGGCGGCAACCCGCAAGAUCCAAACGCGCAGCCGCCGGAUCUUCCGCUACCGCUGAAGAUGAUGAUGGGAGGUGGAGGGCAGGCGACCAAGGAGCAAGCACCACCGGCGACAGGGUCUGCGUACAUGUGGAGGAUUGUGCACGCUAUCUUCGCCUUCGUCCUGGCCAGCUACAUUGCAUUCACGUCGACAUUCAACGGCACGAAGCUUGGACGCAACCAGUCCGUCUACCACGAGGAGGCGGGGUUCGGGGCUAGCUACGGGCUCGGCCCGCGACUGUUCAUGAUCUUUUGCACGUCGGAGGUGGUCCUGCAGGGUUCGAGGUACUUCGUGGAAAAAGGGCAGCUGCAGGGGAACGGGAUAUUGGCAAAGGUCGCGAACAGCGGCUUUGUGCCUGAGCCGUGGGCAGGGUACGUAAGAACUGUGGGGAGGUAUGUUGGUAUACUGCAGACGAUCAUGGCAGAUGCGAUGGUGAUUGUGUUCGUCUUUGGGAUCUUGGUGUGGUGGCAGGGUAUGCCAAUUGCAUAA